GCCUUCGGGUGGAAGGGAGAGGGAGAGAAGGAAAAAGGGGGAUCGUUCUCCCAGUCAUAUAACGCCACAUCUCUCCUUCCUCCUCUUCACUGGCGGCAUAAACGUCGCGUUAGCGUGCUGCUCUCCCAAUUCAAAGGCGCUUUUAAUGCUUUGCUAUGCGGAACCAAGAGCCAUGAAAAUGCUUCGAUUCCGGAGUCCGAGCGUCUCCUCCCUCGCGCAGGAGGUCCAGUGCACGGUUCGGCUGCUCGACGACUCCGAAAUCUCGUGCAGCAUCCAGAGAGACACUAAAGGGCAGUUUCUCUUGGAUCACGUGUGUAAUCACUACAGCCUGCUGGAGAAAGAUUACUUUGGCAUCAGAUAUGUGGACCCAGAGAAACAAAGGCAUUGGUUGGACCCGAGCAAACCAGUCGUGAAACAGAUGAAAUGUCAGCAGCCGUACACUAUGUGCUUCAGGGUGAAGUUCUACCCUCAGGAGCCAAUCAAGAUCAAGGAAGAGCUGACAAGGUAUCUUCUGUACCUGCAGCUGAAGAGAGACCUGUACCACGGUAGGCUGUUAUGUCCGUUCGCUGAUGCUGCAUAUCUUGGAGCUUGUAUAGUACAGGCUGAGCUUGGGGACUACGAUCCUGAGGAACAUCCAGCAGACUACAUAAGUGACUUCAAGCUCUUCCCCAAACAGUCCCUUAAACUAGAGAACAAGAUCAUGGAGAUCCACCGGAAUGAGCUGAGGGGUCAGUGUCCUGCUCUUGCCGAGUUAAGUCUUCUUCAGAGGGCUCACACACUGGACACAUAUGGAGUCGACCCACAUCCCUGCAAGGAUUUCACAGGAUCCACAGCUUUCCUGGGAUUCACUGCAAGAGGGUUUGUGGUUUUCCAGGGAAAUAAGCGGAUCCACCUUUUAAAAUGGGCAGAUGUCAGCAAGUUUAAGUUUGAAGGGAAAACGUUUUAUGUGAUUGGAGUGCAAAGAGAGAAGAAACUGGUUCUGACGUUCCACACAUCCACACCAGCAUCCUGCAAGCACCUGUGGAAAUGUGCCGUGGAAAACCAGGCUUUUUACAAAUGUGCAAAGUCCAGUCAGAUCAAGACUGUGUCCAGCAGCAGUAUCAUUUUCAAGGGAAGCAGAUUUCGCUACAGUGGUCGGGUGGCUAAAGAAGUCAUUGAAGCCAGUUCAAAGAUUCAGAGAGAUCCUCCUGUUGUUCACAGGUCUCAGUUUGGUCAUUGCAAAAGCUUUACUUCACUCAGUCAUAAACAGCUGAUAAUGAACAUGGAGCCUCUCCUACCAGCAUUGAGCUCCAGCAGGGAGAACAGAGACUCCUCCGCAAACAACGGACUGUCGGCUUUGAAAGACUCGGUUCAUCUGUCUCCACUGAAACCCUCGGUCACUUCUGAGGAGGUGGAGGUGAGGGACAACCCCGUUCAGGAAAGACGUGAAGACGAGGCAGUCAAGAGGAUGAGAGCGGAUGAGGAGAGGAGAGAGAUACACGCAGACCACGAAGAUGAAGCGUGUGCUGCUCUCCCCAUAUCUGACACAGCGUACAGCCCGUGUGCCAGUGUGGUGCCCACGCCGGUGGAGGAGAGCCAGGGCGGCGUAGACCUGCUGUUCCAGAGUCCCGCGCGGCUGCUGAAGGAGCUCCACGCUGACCCGGAGAUGCAGCUGGAGCUCCAGGCCGAGAGGGAGCGGGAACUGGCCAGAGAGGCGUUUCGUCAGUCGCUGUGCCUCCCGUCGAGUGGACGGCAGCAGAUGCAGGCCUGCCUGCUCAGUGCCGCCCGUCUAGUGGUGAUGGCCACGGGUCUCCUCGUGAUUCUGCUUCCUCUCCUCCUCGUGCUGCUGGAGUCGGACCUGGACAUCUCGUUCCUGCAUGACAUCCGGCAGACGCCCGAGUUUGAGGAGUUCCACUACGAAUACUAUUGCCCCCUGCGGCGCUGGUUCCUCUGCAAACUGGAACUCAUGACGGAGCAGCUCUGGGGCGACUGAGGGUCACAGGGAACGGGGGCGGGGAUAAAAUGGACAGGACAGGACAGGUUUGCUCUCCUAUAUCACAGGAUUUGUUCAUUCACACGCCGAUGCAUUCUUGUAGCAGUACUGAAGGCGGUUUUCAAGCAGUAGAGCUGUAGUUGUCUAGUGUUUUAGCCAUAGCGUUAGACAGCGGACAGCAGCAUGGGCCUUUAAAUGGUUAAGUCAGCUUCAUUAAAGGUGUACGACAAGCACAGCGCUGAUAUAAUUGCAUUGGAGCAUUAUACAUUUCAACAUCGAUGAUGGAUAUGUAUGCCUAUUCAAUAUUUUCAUUCAUUUCAUUUGCCUAUUGUCAUAAACGUGUGUCAGUCAGGGUCUAAAAUGAACUUUUUGUGCCCUAUAUUUCAAUCAUGAGUGAAGUUCCUAAUUUAUUCUAAGUUAUUUUUCAGGUUUUUCUUUGUUUUGGUUUUCCUACGACUAUUAAUAAACCCCCUUUCUGUCUAAUAUAUGAAAUACAUGCUUAUAUUUUAUUAGCAAGGAUGUAUUUAAUUGAUCAGAAGUAACGGUAAAGACAUUUAUAACAUUACAGAAAGUUUUCGGUUUCAUAUAAACACUGUUCUUUUGAACUUUCUGUACAUUAAAGUAUCCUAAAAAAUAUCAGUGUUCUAAAAAAAAACAACUGUUUUCAACAUUAAUAAUAAUUAGCGGAGCCUUGAGCAGUAAGUCAUUAUAUUAGAAUGAUCAUGUGACACUGAAGUCUGGACUAAUGAUGCUGAAAACUCAGCUUUAUCACCACGGAAUAUAUUACUUUUUUAAAAUAUAUUAAAAUGGGAAAAAAGCUUUAAAGCUAAAGAAUUUCAUAGGUGUUAAUGUUUUUACUGUAUUAUUGAUCAAAUAAAUUCAACUUCACCAAUAGGAGUCGAUGGAAUCAAUGUACGUGUAUUUAUGAAAAGAAUCAAUUCUUAUUAGCUCAUGCAACAUGCAACAAUUUGAGGUUAAAGUUGUUUGUAGAUGCAAAAUCUUUUUUUUUUUGUAGACUAUUUGUGUCGCUUUGAUUUGAUUCACUUAUUAUCAUCGAGGAUCACUGCUUAAAUGUGUUACACAACCAGCCAACUGGCCUGUAGAACAUUUUUACAAACCACCAAGUGUUAUUCACAUUUGAUGCUUGCAAAAGUUCAUUUUGGACCCUGCUGCCAGUUUGAGUGUGAAAUCUGGUAUAAACUCACAUGAAGAGUCCAUUUGAAAUGAUUCGAUGUCUUUGACUCAAUCAGCCUCCAUAACAACAAAAAUAAUGCACAUUGAAGAGUAUGCAAAAUGUAGAAGAGGCGCAGGCAGGUAAUGAGCUCCGACCCGCUUCCCUAAAUCAAGACUUAUUUUCUUAAAUAUCAAAAUACAGCCAUUAAGAUGAGUAGUUUCUGACCUCAUAACACUGUACUGAAAUAAAUCUCUGCUUCUUGCAGAGCAACACACAGAGAUAUGAGAGAGAGGGCAAGCUAUACAUGCUAAAACUUAAUAUCUCUUUUUAAGAUUUUAUAAAUUUUUAUGUGACGCUUACAGUUACUUAUAUUUUUUGGCAAAAAAACAAACAAAACAAAAACAAAAAAGCUUAAGUUAUUUUAUUUAAACGGAUUUACACUAAAAUGUAGGUGGUAUUGAAGUUAAAUAAUUUUACUAUCACCAACAAUUUACCUUAAAAUACUGUGAUGUGUUUUCAUAUAGAAUAGCACAAACUAUAAAACAUUUUUUCUUCAUAAUUUCAGAUGUCAUGAGCAGAUGUUACAGCAUGUUGCUAGUACAGUUGAUCACUGUAAUCACACAACAUAUAUAAACAAAAAAAAACAUAAACAAGAUGCAUGGAAACGCCACAAUUUGAAAUAUUAUACGUUAAAAUAACAUAAGUUUUGUGUGAGUACCUUUUUGUAGAAGUCAACAAUGAAAGUGCGGCUAAUAAAAUUUAGUUUACAAACUAAGUCCAUUUGAGCCCAAAAAAGGUGCCAAU